UGUCACAUUACCGUUUCUUUUUAUCGAAUCAUUUGCCGGACGAAUGCAAAAUCCAAUGAAUUGAACACUGGAAUGUGCAAAAAGUGGUUGCGGUAAAAAUCGUAUGAACAGAGAUAUUUUUUACAGCGAAGUAUGGCGAAUGAUUACUAUGCAAACGUAACUGGCGUCCCUUCGUGUUCAUCCUCACGUUGGCUAACUGAAGAAGUUUUUAAGUUGAUCGAUAUGGUGCAACAUGAUGAGGCCAUUUAUAAUCCGCGCCAUAAAUAUUACUUUUGUCGACCAUAUGUAGAAAAUUUCUGGCGUGAAGUUGAUCAAAAACUUGAAAAGAAUCCUGGCGCUAGCCUUGCAAAGUGGACUAACUUGCGUAUAUCCUUUCGGCGCGAGUACACAAAUUAUCUUGAAGAAAAAGUACCGCCCUGUUGGACUUAUUUCGAUCGUAUGUUUUUCUUACAUCCUUAUCUAAGAAAAAAACAUACACAACCCAAAUCACUUGACUCACAAGUACAGGAUGCCUUAGUGCGCAUCAGCUCUUUAUCCGAUCGUUUGCAACGAGAACGCACAGCGGCAGUUGCCGCCAAUGCAGCUGCCGCUCUUAGCUGUAAUAACGUUACAAGCGAAGUACACUCGUCAAUUUUACAUCCACAACAAACGCAUCAGCAACCCAUCGAUAAUUACUUGGAAUAUUUUGAUGAUGCCGAGCCAAAUAACUCCGACGAUUUAGAAGAUGUUAUAGAUGACGAGCAACGAAACCGUUUUCGCCCUAAGGACCCACACAUACAUCCGCUCAAUAAUGACAUUAAAUCCGAAUGUGACGAUGUUAAAUCGGACGUUGAUGAUUAUGAACCAGAAAUCGCUGCUGAGCGCCACGAGGAAGAAGAUAAUGAACUUGAAGAGAUGGAAAUGCGUAAUUUCAUGAUGGAUUCAUAUGCCAACAGCAACAGCACCACCACCAUACCAUUAGAAGAGAGGCGUGCACAAUUGCGCAUGCAACAGUUUAUGCGUUUGCAAUCACGCUCAUACCAAGAUGAAUUUCGCGUCAAGCGACCGCGCUCGCAAGAUAGCAUAAGUAGCACACAUGCAAUUGUUAGUGGUACUGCCGGCAGCGUUAAUCUGUCUACCACAGUUGGUAGUAGUUCGCAUACUAACACACACCCUAGUGCUCCUUCUAUACCACCGGUUAGCGCUAGUGGUCAUACACGCAUGCAUAGCUCCCAAGUCAGCACAGCAACAACACAUACAAACAUUUCCUUGGUACGACCAACGCUGGCGAAACCCAUGGAAUUGGUCAGCACUACAACAAGCAAUUCCGGCAAUGUCGGCCUCAGUAUUGGCGCUGGCGUCAAUAUAGGCAAUGCAUUGACAAAUAAUCCAAAUAACGAUGCAGAUGUGAAUGCGAGUAGUACAUCGAGUAUAAGUAACCAGGGUGCAACAACUUCGGCUGCUAUGAGUCACCAGCAUCACCAACGCCACACUAGUGCUAGUCAUCACACACACAAUUAUAGUCAUCAUAGCGUUAGUGGCAGUAGUAACUCGCAUCAUCGUUUAGAAAUCGCCUCAAUAUCGUCUGGCACUGUUGGAGCUGGUUUAGGUAGCAGUGCUGCUGCAAGUACAGCGGUAUCGGUGCCAACGUUAAUGAAUGCAGCGAAUACUUCAGCGCCUCCGCCUGCGUCUCAGUCACAUGUGGAGUUAUGUGACUGCAAAACAGAUCCGGACGCUAUGUUCCUAAUGAGUUUACUGCCUGAUAUUCAAAAAUUAAACGGACGUGAUCGUGGUAAAAUUAAGAUUGCAUUUCAAAACAUACUGCAGGAUUACUUGUAUCCUGAUUAGGUGUAAGCAUUCCAAAAGAGUUCCAGAUUGCGAAUUCUGCCGCUACAACAACAACAACAGUUGCAGAUUGAGUGGGUGUUUUUUUUUUUGUACUUCCUGUGGUUGAAUUUGUGGAAAGAUUUUUUGAGUGUUAAAUGAAAUAAUUUGGUAAAAAACUUUGCUGAGAAAGAAAAGCAGCUGAAUACUUCUACGCAUAUUAAAGCUUUUAUCUGGAUUGCUGCUGUUAUCGUUAAUCUCAUCAUGCUCAGCUUCAUUGCAUUACCGUAUUGUCGUUUUCAAGGUCUUAGUUGCAAUAAUUGUUAAUGAGUGAACCGAUUUCCAAAAGUCCUCAUUACGGUUGACACCAGUGGGAUCGGUUAGUGACUCAAUGUUACACCACAGUGUGGUUGCUGCUUAGGUGUUCCUUUAAUGUGUCAGCUAUUUUGGUGGGAAACAGAAUUUAAUGCAAAGAAGUUGCAUUCCUUAACUUGUUAUAGUAUACAAAUAUGCAAAAUAUGGAAACAUAUAUAUAUAAGCACUAUAAGUAAAAAUAUGCAAAUAUACAUACAUGCAAUACAAGUGAAAACAUGUAGAAUUUUGUUUACAAUUUGUUAAAAUAUACAAAGUAAUAAGAUUUAAUGAACAUACGCACCUGUUGCUUCCAGCUCCUUUGCUAUAACAACCCAAGCUGCUAUUUUCUUCUCCGGCAGUCUGUAGCCCGCGUAAUUUUUUUGUAUAACACUUCGUUGUUUCGCACCAACUCCACUAAUCGUCAAUCUAAAAAUGAUAUACAUUAAAUAAAUUAUAUUACCUUAUUUCAAUUAUAAUUGGUAAGCUUACUCUUUCUAAUAAUGAUUUCUUUGGCUUCGCUUUUAAAAAAAUAAUGCCAAAUUGUUAUUGCUUCCAACAUGGAAAUCACGAAAAAGUUGGAUAUUGGCUGCACUGUUUUGACAUAUGUUACGCGAAUUAUAUCUUCUUGGGAUUUGUAUAGCGAAUAUUAUUAUUAUCGAACCCAUCUAUUUCUUCUUUUCCAAAUUUUGCCGCCCUAGAAAAUUUGCCGCCCUGGGUACCAGCGCCAAUCCAUCAAUGUGGAAACAAUUAAUUAGGGACAACACGUCUUUUUUUAUUAAACGACACUUUUAGAACUGAAGCUUAGAUUAUAUCUAAUUGAAACGUAAGGUUGGCAGCGCGGUAAUGUGAUUGUCAUCGUAAACGUAGCUAACGCUUAGCAUGCGAGUUUUGGAAUAAAUGACCGAAUAGUUCGAUAUCAAAUUUUAUUCUCAUGUGCUCGUGGAAACCUAAGUAUAUAUCUUUCAAUAAACUGAAUUAUUAGUUUUUGUUACUAGCUCGUGCGGAAUCCUCUUUACUGCUGUUAAUUUGUCGCCUUCGUGCAAAAAUAGAACAUCGUAAUUUCUUAGUAAAUUUGAUAUUAGCUUAUAUUCCUCGUUAUUUAGGGUUUUUAACAGUUGGCCAACUGUCCCUGUUGUUGUUGAUUGCGUUGUGAGAAAUUGUACGCCAUAGUUAAUCCUUCUGUUUCUAGAAUUGAAAAGGCUUGCCUUAUGAUAGUAACAUUUUUAUUUAUAAUAACUGAAGCUAGGUUGGCGCUUAUAUAUUAUAAUACCCUCGACAAAUGGGUCUUCGUACCCUGAGCAUGCGUACAAGUAACCCCUGCCAAGCAUACCUGAAUACUGUCUAUGCUAUGCUAGCAUGUGUUGUUUGAAUCUUUAAAAAUACCAAGAAUAAUUAGAAAGAGUAGGCUGUUCAGCAACUGGACUAUCUUGAAUUUCGAUAGGUUUAGCUAUAUCGUCUGAAACAACUGGAUUUUCACUCUCAUCGGUUAACUCGCCCAAGAAACGUUGACUAAUUUUAAUGUCAUAAUGCUUAUAAAGAUGAGUAGCUACAAUAUAACUGAGCCAGUCUUUAACAAUCCCUUUUUUUACCAAUCCGUGCAAAUAACUAGAUUUGUGCAUUAAUCGUUUUUUUAUGUGUACAUUUAUACAGUAAUCAUCAUCUAUAUUUCGAAGCAGAGUUUGAACCAUGUUGUCCAGUGAUUCCAUAUUGCCCUAGUACGUAUCUUAGCCGUCGAAUUUGCAUAAAGGGUAAUCUCGGUGCUAUUAAUCGCUCGGAAACUAAAUCCAAUUCAGGAAGAUUGGGUUUAGGCGGGUACUUAAAUCCAUUGUACACAGCCAAGUCUGGUAUUUUUCCAACAGUUAACGAAGUUCUACAGGUCGCACACACAAAAAUGUCUUCCAACAAGACAGCUGGGUAUAUUUGUUGUAAAAUUUCCCAGCACGACAAUGGUGGAGAUUUCAAAUCAUUUUUGAACCAUAGUCUAUCACAAACAGUGCACGCAAAACCAAAUGGGUUAUCCUCAAAUAAGGUUUUAAAAAGAUUAUGAGCUCCAUUAUGUCUCACAUAUGAUGUAUAGACCGGUGAAGGAUUUUCUUCUGCAUGAGCUCUUCGUGCAUUGAGUCUUUUUAGGUACCGACGAUAACGUACGUUUGCAGAAACACUAGUGUUUGCAUUGUCAGUACUAUUUUCAGGAGCCUGCGGCGAAGAUUCAUCGUUGAAGAUUUGUUGAGGUUGGUUUGACGAAUUUUGAAAUUCAUAUGUAUUAACAAUUGAUUCUCGAAUUAUAAUUGUAUCUCGACUUGUACUUGUAUCACUGUCACUAGUGCCUCGGUCAAUAUUGGCACCACAUUUUAGCCGCUUGCAUUUUUGACGAUACCUACGGCAUCGUUCCAUGUUUAGUUGUUUUUGAUGUAAAAGUUUUUAGUAGCAACAUUUUCAGAUACAGGCUCACCACUUUGAACGGUACUAGUACUCGGCACGGCACCAAGAUAUUUUUUCCUUUUUCUAUAAGCACGUGCUCUGUCAGGGUUCUGUUUUUACAGCGUAAAAUUAAUUCAUCGUCAUUAAUUUUUGCACCAUUCUUCACUUAUUUUCCUCAAUGACCAGUUUUUCGGACUCACUAGGUGUGUCGUUGUUUACCAACAGCAAAUAAAUAACACUAUUUACAUGAUAACACCAAACAAAAUAACGCGGAGCACUGGCAUAAAUGAGUAAAACAGUCUGUAGUAUGAAGUGUAUUCAAUAAAAUAAUAAUAUAUUCGGAUAUGUUGAUGACAGAUACAAGAGAGGUGUUUACUUGAAGCACGUGUUUAAAUAACUGAAGCGGGAGUAAUAUGACCGAAAGUUACCAUGGUUCAAAACUAUAGUUUAAAAUUGACUAUAGUGAUCACGCAUGCGCAAUAAGCUAUACCGCCCAUCCACACAGAUUAAAUAAUCUAUAGUCUAUACACUACACGGUCAGCUGAUACGAGCUAUAGGCGAAGCCAUAUUGGCAUCGACUGCUCUGUCGAGCAGGGGAAGGGAGCGAAGGGAGUUAUAUAUAUUUGGUAUCACAGGACAUAAGUAUAUAGUACAUAUACAUACAUAUAAUAUAUUUAUUUUCAUUGGUCAUUAAAAGCUUUGAUAACAUCUGAAAAGACCAAGCAGUCGCACACAUGCUCAUAUAAGUUACGUCCCCUUAAGUUAUAGGGACUAAAAAAAGGUAUUUUUUCUAUUCGGACAGUCCGUCUUUAUUGAAGCCAAAUAUAGAACUUAAACUAACAAUUUUAAUUGAUUGAUUUUUAUACCACUUACAACUAUGAUAGAUUCCUUACUAAAGUAUUAGUAAUAAAUUUAGCAAAAAUAAUAGGAACACGAUUUCCUGUUUACAAGUUUAUUACCUGUAUGUAUAAUAUGUCCGAUGAAUUAAAUUUCGUCUUCUAUUGUGAAAGUUAAAAGGUGAAUGUUUUUAACUUUAUUGAUUGCGAUAUCUUUAUUGAUAUAUAUAUAAAGAACAAAAAUAAGUGCUGCUAGUUAAAGCAACGUUCCCAUCAGGAUGUCGAUCUUUGAUGACUGCUGAAUGCUGACUGCUCGAUGGUCAUUGAUUUGCCACAGGGUGGUCAUUCGUUUACAGUCGGCCUUUCCUGACCAACUUGAGCGACCCCGAUCAAUUCGUUGUUGUCGAUAUCUUCUUCUUCGGCAUCGUUAUCUUCUGGUAAUUGACACCGGCGUUUUAACUUGUCGAUUGAAUAAACAGAAGAAUAAUGUUUUCUAGUUCGUCGAGUUUGGGGAAGAUCUUCGACCACAUAACGAUCGUGAUCAAGAACUUUGGUAACUACGAAUGGUCCUUUGAACCGUGGCUCGAGUUUUCUUGACGUGCCUGUACUCGGUGGUUCAUUUUCAGCUAAGACUAAGUCACCUUCUUGGAAAAUACUCGGAGAUCGAUGCUUUGCGUUAAAACGAGAUUUCGCAGCUGCCCGUGUUUCGUUAAUUCGUUUGGCUGCCGUUUCACGAAGAUUCGUUAAUUGUAUUCCAUCUAAUGCUUCAUCGUUUGCUUGUAAACUAAGAAUAAUUCUGUUGCGUAAAAUAUCACGUGGUUUAUACCCAUAUAACAACUCAUGAGGAGUGCAACCCGUGGUACUGUUCUUCAUCGUGUUUAUGCACCACUGUACACAGCGUAUGUUUUCGUCCCAUUUUUUAUCGGUAGAAUUCGUCGGUAACAGCAUUGACAAUAUUGUACGAUUUUUAUAUUUGUAUCGUAGAUUUAUAUCAGUUUCGUUUUUAAUGUCUAUUGUAACUUCUCGUUUACCAUAUGUUCACUCGUUCUUAUGUUUUAGAUUUGUUUUGACUACAAAUCACAACUCGUUGAUUUUCGUUUCGUUUCCUUUCGUUUUUGUUAUUUCGUUGGUACUCGUUUAUUUUAAAAUUCGUUUCUCGUUAUAUAACGUUGCUCGUUCGCUGUUAUCGUUUAACAUUGCUUCCUCUUUUCGUUGAUCGUUUAGUGGUUCGUUGUCGCUGCAGAUCGUAGAUACAUAUUUACAUAAAUGUGAUAGCUUUCCAUUUCACCUCGAUGCUUCGUUUUAGUUGACGUUGAUUGGUUUUGCCUGAUUACAUGACUGAUUCUUUCGCACUCAUUGUCAAAUUAGCCUUUUAAAUGUAACUGCUGAAUCGCCGCUUGCUUGCACGUAAUGGGAACGUCGGAGCGCUAGGGCUCCUGCACAUUUAUGGCUAUACUUUUCUUAUUUGAACAACUUUACAUGCGUUUAUGCGUUCACGUAUACUUUUAGCACUCAGAUUCAUCCCACUUCUGAACUGAAAGUUAAAAGGUGAAUGUUUUUAACUUUAUUGAUUGCGAUAUCUUUAUUGAUAUAUAUAUAAAGAACAAAAAUAAGUGCUGCUAGUUAAAGCAACGUUCCCAUCAGGAUGUCGAUCUUUGUUGACUGCUGAAUGCUGACUGCUCGAUGGUCAUUAAUUUGCCACAGGGUUGUCAUUCGUUUACAAUUGUUUGUAUUCUGUUUAGUGUAAAAUAUUUAAACGUACUUAUGUAGUCGGUUAUAAGAGCUUGUUGCUUGUUUAUGUGGGUUGUAAUGUUGUCUAUCUGUUGUGUUAAGAACCUGUUAAAGCGUGUUAAUUUGAUUGCAUUGUCAGUGAUUGUCUGUUCAUCCUGAUCAAAUGUGUUUUUAAUUUCUUGUUCGUCAUCACUGUCCAUGGAGCCUGCUAUGAAUUUCAAGCCCUUACCUAGUACGUUAACUAGUCCUCGCUUGAUUUUUGGGUGUGGUCGUAGCUUAUCUAUUUUUGUAUUUAGUAAAAUAAAAUUUUCAUUAAUGGAUUCUAAAACCCGCGUGUCUUCGAAAGAAGCUGUUUUCAAAUUUUUAUGUUGUCCGUGAUACGUAACAUCGUGUUCUCGAAUGUAGUCAGGUUAAUGAAAUGUAGCACCUUGUAAUAAUGGUUAAUUGUCUUCAGUUCUUCUGUCUUGAUUGGUAUAUACCCGUUGUUGUUCGUCAAGUCCUGCACACUGAUCUGUUGGUUUUUGACACCAAGAAUGAAUGUCCAGAAGAAGAUAAUCGUUAGUAACAUUUUCCUGUUAGAGUGA